GCGUCACUCCUCCUCUACCCGGCCCCUCCCUUUCCGCGUGUGCGUGUGCUCGGCUCGGCUCUUCAGACUUGCCUGCCUGUCACUUCGUUUGUGUCGGUAGGCUAGGCUACGCACCUCUCGGUCGGAUCCCCGCACGGAGAGCCAGCCAGCCGCCGCCGCCGCCGCCGCCGUCUUUUCCCCUCCCUUUCCCCCCGAGGCUCGGACUCGCCCCUCACGGCACCAACCAUGGCGACCACCGCUACGUCCACCCGGUUCACUGACGAGUACCAGCUGUACGAGGAGCUCGGGAAGGGAGCUUUUUCAGUGGUGCGCCGAUGUGUCAAGAAAUCCUCCGGGCAGGAAUAUGCUGCCAAAAUCAUCAACACCAAGAAGCUGUCUGCACGAGACCACCAGAAGCUGGAGCGCGAGGCCCGCAUCUGCCGGCUGCUCAAACACCCCAACAUUGUGCGACUGCACGACAGCAUUUCAGAGGAGGGCUUUCAUUACCUCGUCUUUGACCUGGUGACAGGAGGGGAGCUUUUUGAAGACAUCGUAGCCAGAGAGUACUACAGCGAGGCCGACGCCAGUCAUUGCAUUAGUCAGAUCUUGGAGAGUGUCAAUCAUAUCCACCAGCAUGAUAUUGUGCACAGAGACCUCAAGCCUGAGAACCUGUUGUUGGCCAGUAAGAUGAAGGGGGCUGCAGUGAAGCUGGCAGACUUUGGCCUGGCUAUUGAGGUGCAGGGAGACCAGCAGGCAUGGUUCGGUUUUGCAGGCACGCCUGGCUAUCUCUCCCCGGAAGUCCUUCGGAAGGACCCCUACGGCAAGCCCGUGGACAUAUGGGCUUGUGGUGUUAUUCUCUAUAUAUUAUUAGUUGGAUACCCUCCAUUCUGGGAUGAAGAUCAGCACAAGCUCUAUCAGCAGAUCAAAGCCGGGGCCUAUGACUUCCCCUCACCUGAGUGGGACACAGUAACCCCCGAGGCCAAGAACCUGAUCAACCAGAUGUUGACCAUCAACCCGGCCAAACGAAUCACUGCUGAGCAGGCUCUCAAGCACCCGUGGGUCUGCCACCGCUCCACAGUGGCAUCCAUGAUGCACAGGCAGGAAACUGUUGAGUGUCUUCGCAAGUUCAACGCUCGCCGAAAACUCAAGGGAGCCAUCCUCACCACCAUGCUGGUGUCCAGAAACUUCUCAGUGGGCCGGCAGCAUACCAACUCUGCUGCUGCCGCCUCCUCCACUGCCUCACUGGCUCAGGAAGCAUGCAAAAGUUUACUCAACAAGAAAUCCGACUCUGCUAAGCCUUCCACCAACAACAGUAAGAACAGUAUAGUGAGCGCCAUCAAUGCCCUGAAAGACAGCAACAUGGCAACCAACGCCCAGAUGGAAUCUCAAAGCACGGUGGUGCACAACCCUCCCGAAGGCGUCAAGGGAUCGACGGAGAGCAACGCCACCAAUGACGAGGAAGAAAUGAAAGCGGACAGUUCAGCGCUGAGUCAAAGUAGCGCGACUGAGGAGAUGCCCCCACUUCUGCCCUCACCUCAAAGCUCACCUGCCAUUCCACCGCAUGAUAUCAAGCGCAUGGCUUGGAACAGCACGGGCAACAGUACCGCCGAACUUUCCGGCACGCCCGCCAUCACCAUCAACGCUCCAGUAGGGGGCGCCGACUCUGCCGCUGCUAAAUGCAACGUUAAGCAGACCCGCAAGCAGGAGAUCAUCAAGAUCACCGAGCAGCUGAUCGAAGCCAUCAACAACGGAGACUUUGACGCCUACACGAGGAUUUGCGAUCCCGGGCUCACUUCCUUCGAACCCGAGGCGCUGGGCAACCUGGUGGAAGGCAUGGACUUUCACAAGUUCUACUUUGAAAACUUGCUGAGCAAGAACAACAAGCCGGUGCACACCACCCUGCUGAACCCGCACGUGCACCUGAUCGGCGAGGACGCCGCGUGCAUCGCGUACAUCCGCCUGACGCAGUUCGUGGACUCGGGCGGCCGCCCUCGCUCCAGCCAGUCGGAGGAGACCCGCGUGUGGCACCGCCGCGACGGCAAGUGGCUCAACGUUCACUUCCACUGCUCGGGAGCGCCCGCCGCGCCUCUACAAUGAUCAGUGGUCCUGAGCCUCCACUCUGCCGGUGGAGGCGUUUUGGGGGGCAGUUUUUUUCCGGCGAGUGUGUUUGGGGGGGGCCGUCCCCCCGCGUGGAUCGGCUAGCGCCAGGAGCCCGGCCGGGCCAGACGGCGUCCCUUCCCGCCACCACCAACCAACCCCGUCUCUCCUUUGACCCCGCCGGGGGUGGGGGGCACCAGCCGAGCACAAGACAACGCCCGGCCCCCCCUGCCACCCGCCGCCGCCGCCCCCUCCCCACAUGUGGGAUGUGAUGCAUGCAUCUUGGCGCCUGCCUGAGCGCGGAGGGCGCGUCUUUGUCCUCUCGCCACCUCCCUUUCGGCGGCCACCUUUCUUCAAGCCCUGCGCCCGGAUGAGGCGUCGCGGGGGAGGGAGGGCGACUUACACUUGUGACGGUUUAUGAGUAUGAGUUAUGAAUAUACUAUGUAAAUUAUGACUUAGAUGUUCCAGAAAACCACCAAAUCCCAGCAAGCAUUUAUCUUAUCUGUGUGAUGAGGGGAGGAGCGCUGAUGUCGGCUUUUGUCGUGGCAUAAAAAAAAAAAAAAACAAAAGAAAAAGAAAAAAAAAAACGCUUGUGACCCGCAAGUUUACGCAGAGAGAAAACGAGAGAAUGAGAGGAGCGCACGGACGAGUGGAAGCGGGUGACGACGAAACUUGAUAUCACGAAGCACCAAAGUGUAGAACUUUUAGGGUUUUUACGUGUUUUCGUUGGGUGUGCCCCGUUUUCGCUCCCCACACUUUGGAAAACUGAUUUAUGCUUGUAUUGUGUUUUUAGUGUCCUGUGACAAACUUAUCUUUUUCCCCCCCACCGCCUCCCCCUGUUUUUUUUUUUUUUUUUUUUGUCCAACCGGCUACUUUUUAAAAAGCGCUUUUUAGAAGACAAAAAAAAAAGAUUUUAUUGUGAAUUGAAAAAAAAAAAAAAAAACGCUUCCCACGCACGUCCUGUCCUGUCUUGUCUGUAUGCAGACGUUUGUGGGGUACGGUGGGCAGGGGCCGCCACUACGGGGGUGGGCCGCCUCGCGUGAGGCGUUUGCAUGUUUGCCCUCGUACGUCAGUCCUUCGCUUUCCCAUCCGCUUUUUUUUUUUCCCCUCUCCCCGCUUUGUCUGGUUCUGAUUUGUUUCUUAUCACUGUGUAAUUACAGUGCGUGUAUAGAUGUAUGUAGAAAUGUGUAUCAUAUGUACAUGCAUCCUGUGUACCUCAACUGUUCCUUUGACAGAGUUUGCAGAUACAUUUUUAAAAAUAUUUUUAUUAGCGGCCUCUAUUUUGGCAUCCCACGACUUUGUAAACAUAUCUCUCACACACACACACGCACCUGGUGCUGUGUAACAUGUCCUCCCCACGGUGUUGUGUGAUCCCCACCUGCCCCACCAUGUUGUGUAAUCCACACACCCCCCCCCACACACACACAAGCCGUGUGAUGUUGUGAUCUGCAACUUUGUUGUAUUCGAACCCCACCCCACUGUUGUGUGAUCAGCACCACCUCACAACGUUGUGUGAUCCUCACCCGCCACAAGUGUGACGCACACCAGCCCACUUUGUAUACUCUCCACCCACCCCUGUGUUGCUGUCUAUGUUAUCAGUCACUAUUUUGUGUGAUCUAUGAUCUGAUCUGCCCACCUGCAAUGCUGUGUGAGCCCCACCCGCUCCAUAAUGUUGUGAACUUGACCUGACCCACAACGGCGUGUGUGUGUGUGAUUCACACAGGCCCAAAACGUGAUCCGCACUGGCUCACUAUGUCGUGUGAUCCGCACGACCCACAACGUUGUGAUCCACGUCCCACGACUAAUUUGUGUGAGCUAUGAUCUGAUCUGGCCACCUGCAGUGCUGUGUGAUCCCCACCCGUUCCAUAAUGUUGUGAACUUGAUCUGACCCACAAUGGUGUGUGUGUGUGUGUGUGUGUGUGGUGUGUGUGUGUGUGUGUGUGUGUGUGUGUGUGUGUGUGUGUGUGUGUGUGUGUGUGUGUGUGUGUGUGUGUGUGUGUGUGUGUGUGUGUGUGUGUGUGUGUGAGAUUCACACUGGCUCACUGUGUUGUGUGAUCCGCACUGACCCACAACGUUGUGAUCCACGUCUCCCGACUAUUUUGUGCGAGCUUCCCCCGCCCCGCCACAGUAUUAUUUAUAUCCCACCCUUUUGUACGAUUUAUCCUAAGGCCACAAUGUUGUGGGGUCCACAAUGAUUAUCGGCACCCUGCCCACAGUGUUGUGAUACAAACCGUCCUGAAAUGUUGUGAUCUACAAAAAAAUCACAUUACGUGCACCCCAUAGUGUUAUGAGCCACGUCCCAAAACAUUGUGAUCGGCACCACCUCAUUCUGUUAUAUGUACCCGUCCCACAAUGUUGUGUGCUCUUUACCCUUCACGGUUUUGUCGUCAAAACCAUUUUUUUUUUGUGCUGCUGUUUGUCGUCAGCUAUCAUACUUUUUUUUGUUUUUUUUUUUUUUCAUAAUUUGCAAAGUUGCCAACCUUUAGUUCUGCACGUGACCCGCAGGAAGGGAGGCAAGGAAGUGAACGCAACAGACACACAUGCACGGAUUUAUGAUUACGACCUAGAUUCCGCCCCCUGGUGGUUUUAAAAAGAAUUGUGCCUGCUCAAUUCUGGAGGGAUUUGGUGGGGGGGGGGUCUCUAAAAAAGAGAGAGAACAAGCAGGAGCACUAGUUAUUAUUAUGCAUGUUUCAGUUACGCAUUUCUACCAUGUACCUACCUGAAUGAGGAUGGAGCUCUACUAGUGUUAAUAUUAUUAUGACGAUGACAAUACUUGCAUCUUUUGAGAUUUCCUCCAUCUCGAAUGUUGACUAGGUGACAUGAAAAAUAAACUUUUUUUUUUCUCCAAAGGGGGGGUGGGAGGAGGAUUCUGGAGCCGUCCCUUGGUAUGAGGCCCUCAAUGUUAAUUUUUUUUUCCCCCUUGCCUUGUUUAUGGUAUGAUAUUUGGGCUGUGCUCCCCACCCCGCUCCAUCUUCCCUCCCUCCCCCCCGUCCCCCCUCCCCUCCCCUUCCUUACCCAGCCUUCAUACGGACGCUGGAGUUUAUUUUGCAUGAUCAUGAUGUACAAUGAAAUAACAACCAUUUGGAAUUGA